UUUAGUUCGACGCGUUUGCGUUAAACUUUGUCUAGACUUCUCAUCGAUUGCUUUUUAGAGAACCAAGUAUAAUCAAAAAACCACUUCCGAACAAAGUCUAGAGUAGUAAUGUAUUAGAAAUCUAUACUGCUGUGUGUAACCUGUCGUCCAUGUUCCUUCUGCGGUCUAAUACAAGUACAAUCGUUGAUUCUCACCUUUGCACACGCAAAUCAGCCCACCCGCAAAAUCAUCGAGCAACGGCAGCCAUCUUUAGUGGCUCCGAAACGGGCUGUGGUUUGUAACAGAGAGACGGUAGUAGUUCUUCAUGCGGUUCACGCGACCAUCUCGUUGCCUAUGCACCCUACGAGAGAUCGGAAAUCAUUUUUAAGCGUGGCUAAUCUGAAGAACUAGGGAACUCGUGUCACGAAUCCAAGCUACCGAAAUAUGGCAAUGGAGACGCCGAGGGAGCGUGAGAUUGCCGCGGAGGACAGUAUUAAGGUAGUCUGCAGGUUUCGACCUUUGAACGACUCAGAGGAAAAGGCUGGCUCUAAGUUUGUCGUGAAAUUUCCCUCUGGAGUCGAGGAAAAUUGCAUCUCGAUCGGGGGGAAAGUAUACCUUUUUGACAAAGUAUUUAAACCAAAUGCUACUCAAGACAAAGUAUACAAUGAAGCAGCUAGAUCAAUUGUCACAGAUGUAUUGGCAGGAUACAACGGCACUAUUUUUGCAUAUGGUCAAACAUCUUCAGGUAAAACGCACACUAUGGAAGGUGUUAUUGGAGAUCCAAAUAAACAGGGUAUUAUUCCCAGAAUUGUUAAUGAUAUUUUCAAUCAUAUUUAUGGUAUGGAAGAAAAUUUGGAAUUUCAUAUCAAAGUAUCAUAUUUUGAAAUUUACAUGGAUAAAAUCAGAGAUCUUCUGGAUGUGUCCAAGGUAAAUUUAAGUGUACAUGAAGACAAAAACCGAGUUCCAUUUGUGAAAGGUGCAACAGAGCGCUUUGUAUCUAGUCCUGAAGAAGUGUUUGAAGUUAUAGAGGAAGGAAAAUCGAAUAGGCAUAUUGCUGUGACUAAUAUGAAUGAGCACAGCUCACGUUCCCAUUCUGUAUUCUUAAUAAAUGUGAAACAAGAAAAUCUAGAAAAUCAAAAAAAACUUUCUGGAAAAUUAUAUCUUGUGGAUUUGGCUGGAUCAGAAAAAGUUUCUAAAACAGGAGCAGAAGGCACUGUGCUUGAUGAAGCAAAAAAUAUUAAUAAAUCUCUAUCAGCGCUUGGCAAUGUAAUUUCAGCUUUAGCUGACGGAAAUAAAACUCACAUUCCUUAUCGUGAUUCAAAGUUGACUAGAAUUUUACAAGAAUCUCUUGGUGGUAAUGCUAGAACUACAAUUAUUAUUUGUUGUUCGCCGGCUAGUUUCAAUGAAUCUGAAACAAAAUCAACCUUGGAUUUCGGUAAACGUGCUAAAACUAUAAAGAAUGUCGUAUGCGUUAAUGAGGAAUUAACGGCUGAAGAGUGGAAGCGUCGUUAUGAGAAAGAGAAAGAAAAGGCAGCUAGAUUGAAAGGAAAAGUUGAAAAACUGGAGGCGGAAUUAUCGCGUUGGCGGCAAGGUGAAACAGUUAAACCCGAAGAACAAGUUAAUUUGGUUGAAGGAAUAGAUGUUACAACGCCAAUUAAUUUGUCUAUUGAAGGUAAACUUGAUGAUGGUCCAAUGCCAGCCACUCCUGGUGGCAGUUUGAUGGCUGGUUCUUUAUCUAAUGAAGAAAGACAAAAACUUGAAGAGGAACGUGAAAGACUUUACCAACAAUUAGAUGAUAAAGAUGAAGAAAUUAAUCAGCAAUCGCAAUAUGUUGAGAACUUGAAAGAACAAAUAGACGAACAAGCAGAAUUAAUUGCCACUGCAAGACGCGAAUAUGAACUACUUCAACAGGAAAUGAACCGAAUACAACAAGAACAUGAAAACGCUAAGGACGAAGUCAAGGAAGUUUUACAAGCACUGGAAGAGCUGGCAGUUAAUUAUGAUCAGAAAUCUCAAGAGGUUGAGGUGAAGAAUAAAGAACAAGAAAGGUUGGCAGAAGAACUUUUAGAAAAACAAACAACAUUGAACAAUACUGCUAUAGAAUUACAACAAUUGCGAGAUAUGUCCACUCAUCAGAAGAAACGUAUUGCAGAAAUGUUAGCAAAUUUCUUAAAAGAUUUGGGCGAAAUUGGAGUUGCUAUUGGUGGCGACGAAAAUCUGAAUGUUGUACCUAUGGAAAGUAAUGGUAAACUUGAAGAAGAAUUUACAGUGGCAAGGCUUUUCAUUAGCAAAAUGAAAUCAGAGGUGAAGAAUUUAGUACAACGUUGCCAAGGAUUAGAAAGUUUCCAAGUAGACUGUAACAAGAAAGUUGCAGAAUAUGAAAAGGAUCUAGCUGAAUGUCGUCUAUUAAUUUCUCAACUUGAAGCUCGUAUGCAAACAUUGACGGAAUCAAUGAAAGUAGCAGAAACACGUAAACGCGCUUUGGAAGAAGAUGUUGAUGCUUUGCGCGAGGAAUGUGCCAAGUUGAAGGCUGCAGAACAAGUACAGGCAGUUACAAAUAAAGAAAAAGCAGAAGAGAAAGAAGCAGCAACAAAGAUGAGAGUGGCACUGGAAGAACAAAUGGAUCAGUUGCGAGAUGCUCAUCAGAAACAAGUCGCUGCACUUAGGGACGAGUUGUCUGAAAAGCAAGAAUUGAUCAGUGAACUUAAACAUUUGAAUCAAAAGUUCACAUUAGCUUAUCAACAAAUGCAAGCCGAUUAUGAACGAUUGAAGAUAAAAGAAGCAAAUAAAUCUGUUAAAUUACAAGAAUUAAUGUUACUUAAUGAACGCCGUACACAAGCUCGAAAAGACCUUAAAGGUCUGGAAGAAACAGUAGCCAAAGAACUUCAAACAUUGCACAAUCUGCGCAAAUUGUUCGUUCAAGAUCUUCAGACUAGAAUUAAGAAAAGCUUGAAUGCGGAAGAUAAUGAUGACGAUGGUGGAUCGCUUACGCAAAAACAAAAGAUUUCCUUCCUUGAGUCUAAUUUGGAUCAAUUGACGAAGGUUCAUAAGCAACUUGUGAGGGAUAAUGCUGAUCUCCGAUGCGAAAUGCCCAAACUUGAAAAAAGAUUACGAGUGACGAUGGAGCGUGUAAAAGCUCUUGAAACAGCAUUGCGAACUGCCAAAGAAUGUGCAAUGCGAGAUCGUAAACGCUAUCAGUAUGAGGUAGAUAGAAUCAAAGAAGCUGUUAGACAGAAGAAUUUUGUCCGUCGUGGAGCCAGUGCACAGAUCGCUAAACCAAUUAGAGCUGGUCAAUACCAUUUAACCGGUGUUAAUGCUAUUAGAACAGGAAAUCGUGAAAACCUCGAGAACGCUUUCACUCAAGGGACUCUAUUUUCUACUGGAUGCCCAUAAAUGUUACAAUUAUAUAGUAAGGGUAAUAGACGUAAUAUAUCCGCAAGGAGCACCGCCAGUUCUUUUUAUUUGUCUCGAAACAAGCAUGUGCUUAGGUAUAUUGAAAUAAGUGCAUUAAGUUAUAAAAUUAGUGCUGCAUGUCCUAUCGAUUUGUAAAUAGUUAAUUUUUAUAAAUUAUUUAACUUAAUAUUAUGCACGAUAAAUAAAGGUGAAUGUCUAUCAAAUAA